AUGGCACUCCCAACCCUGGGAGCGCAGGUGCGCCCGUACCGGGACUUCCUCACUCCAGCUCUGCACAGGAGAUUCACCAAAGCUAGCCGAUAUACACUACUGCUUUGCUAUUUCAUCGCGUGUUUCAUGGGAGAGUGGGACAACGCACUCUGGCUAUGGUUCCCCAUUGGUCCCACAGGCAUUCGCACGUGCAUGAUCUUCCUCCCCGCUCUGAUCAUUUAUGUACUUCGAGUCGCGCAAUGGCAUGUCGGCGAGCGCCAUACAUCCACACGCUUCGAGACCGCCCAAAAGUACUUCUUCCGCAAAUCCACCAUCCUCACCCUCGCAUUCUACGCUUUCUCGGCAUGGCUGUACGGAGAGGUUUACAUAUGGUCGCGACCCAGCCAGGCCAAGCUCGGCUUCACCGACAUGGGACGCGCACACGAGCGCUUGAAGCUCAAUGAGCGGCCGCUCUACCUGCGACUCUUGUUCUUCUUCCUGGCCAUUGUCCAAACCGCUACCCACCUUUGCGAGGAUUAUGACUCCAUUCGCGUGCCGGCCAUGAAACCAAGGAAGAACAAUGACGACUCCACUAUUACCGUGCCAGCAGGCACAUCAUCCAACCCCAGGCAGACCCUUGUCAAGAUGCUCCCCAGCAUUUUAACGACCUCGGCAAUCCUCACAGCAUUUUCGCUGGUGGCUGGCACAUUUCUCUACUUCGUUGGACCUCGCCAUCUGAUCUGGGACUAUUAUUACAGCUUCAGCCGCACCUUCAUCAGUUUGUCAAAGACCUCCAAACCCACUGGAGUUGCACCGUUCUUGCCGCUCGUGUGGGGCUUUCUGCUCGAAGGAAGUUUACUUGUUGCUCUGUGGCAAUUCGUGAAUAAGGCCUUCGACCUGUAUAUUGCCCAGGAGCCUUUGAAGAAUGACCAGCCCAUCACCAACGACUCAAAGGAUCCUAACGGAACGCUACUGAACGGUCUCAAGUCGAAGAAGGAAGCUGUCAAGGCCAUUGCACUGUGGGAGCUUGCUUUAAUCACAGACUCCUUUCCCGAGCGUCGAAAGACCAUUUACGGCGAGCUUGAGCGCAAGAAAGCAUCGACGUUCCAGCAGGUCACUGAUAUUUGUCUGGCCGAGAUCAAGUUCCUCAUUGAACGCUUGAACGUUGCGCUUGAUCCAACCUGGCGCCCGCAGCCCUCUACUGGCACACAACAGCCAUCUCCACCGGUGCAGCUCGUUCCGCAAAUCUCUCAACCCCUCAAAGUUGACCAGAUUGCGGCCGCACCAUCGAAGCCUAUCUCGAAGUGGGAACAGGUCUCGGAUACAGCAGCCAGCAUUGCCAAAUCACACAGCGCGCCUGGCAAUGCACAGCAAGCAUAUGGCCGCGAAGCCCUCAACAAGGGUCUCAAAAAGGCACAAGAAGGAAAACAACAGGCCGAAACUGCCGUCGGAACAUACUACAACAAACUUGUGUCUUCGCCUCUUGGCUGGCCUUUCCGCCAUUCUCUUGAACGCACCACCAGCAUCAUCGUGCUUGGCGCACCCUAUUCGCGCAUCUCUCUUAUUUGCAACGCCAUUACCGCUCUGACUAAUCUCACUACUUUUUCCCUCAAGCAAGAUGAACUUGGCCACUUUCACCAUGGCGUGCCAUCUAUCAUCCGCAUCUUCACAAAUGCCAUCAACAGGAUUGACGACUACAUGGCCGCUGUGCAGGUGCACUGGAGUGACUACGAGUCCCUCAAGAAGCCAGAAGCUGAACGCAAGAACGUGCCGCAGGUCAAUGAAGUCAGAGAAUGCUUGAGAGAGGGUCUAGAGAGGAUCUUGGGGACGUUUAACGAGUUCUUGGGUGGUAUGGGGUUGACCAAGCUGGAAAUAUUGGACGCAAAGAAGGCAAUUGGCACGAAGGUGCCGGAGAUGAUUCAGGCUUGA